AUGGAGAUUGCUUCGACUUCUACCAAUUUGAAUAUGCGCCCGACAUAUCAGAGAUACGAUAUUGGGUGCAGAUCAACCCGUUCCUCCUUGUUACACAUAAACCCUAAUUUUCGACGAGAUGGGUGCGACGUUGUUAUGGCGGCGGGUCCGAAGAAACGCAAACAUUGCGAUGAAGAAAACCCACCGGAGAAGAGACAAAAGAAGACCGUUGAAGCUUUGAAGUCAUCUAGGUUUACCGAACCGGUUGAUGCAAAACCUAAUACGAAACCGGUGCAAUCUCUUACGACCCUUCAUGUUACAGAGACGGCAAAGUCCAAGGUUGUUAGUACAACAAAACCAGGUGGUGAAAAGACUGAUAAUCAAGAUCACAGUUUCAAAGACUUGAUCGCCAAGGCGCGAGAGAAAUUGCAAGAAAAGAGACAAAUCGAUCAAAGGAGCACUGACAUCGCAAGCCAGAGGAUCGCUGCUCGGUUAGCCCUAAACCGGGUCGUAAAGACUGUUGAUUUCGAUGAUCAUCUUGAAUAUCACUUGGAAUUAGAAAAGCUUGGCUGUGAUUUCAUCAGCGAUCAAGUCAGUUGCUUGAACAAGUUCGAUCUGUUGACAAGAAGCGACUACUACUACUACAUUGAUGAAUCUAACUCAUAG